AACCACGAUGAGCAUGUGCCCAUGAGCAUGAACUCGAAUUGUACGAUUGCUUGAAGUGUAACACCAUACGGUGGUACCGAGGACAAAAUGGCUGAACCUUCGAAACCAGAUGGUUUACCAAGUGGCGGUCAGUAUGAAGCACCAAAACCACCGCCUAAACAGAACCCAGUAUUCCGCAUGAUGGGUCUGCCCAAUUUUCGGUUUAGACUACCCUCGCGGAACUGGUUGAUCUUCCUUACCAUUACCGGUGGUUGGACUGCAGCUGUGGUCUACGACAAGCGGGAAAAGAAGAAGGUUCAGAAGAAAUGGUGCGAUCUCGUAGCGCACAUAGCACAGGAGCCGUUGCCCGUCAAUCAGUUGCGCAGAAAGCUGACAGUCUUCCUGUCCGCCCCUCCCGGAGAUGGAAUAAGCCCCUCGAGGACAUACUUCAAGGAAUAUGUGAAACCAGUAUUAGUCGCCGCCGCAAUGGACUAUGACGUGAUCGAAGGUCGCAAAGAAGGUGACGUACGAUACGGAACAGCAGAACAGAUACGCAGACUCCGGCGGAAAAAGGGCGAGAAGGCACUUGCACAAGAGAAAGAGGAGGAGGAGGAGAUGGACACGGAGAGGGCCAUCGAAAUGAUUCGAGAGAAGAUGAACGUUGGCCCAGAGCCUGGAGUUCGAGGCGAUUUAGUCCUUGGAAGGCAUACCUGGAAAGAAUAUAUCCGAGGCUUGCACGAAGGCUGGCUCGGUCCUGUGGACGAACCCAUUCCUCCUCCUGAGGUGGAACCGACACCAUCACCCAUCCACCUUCCCACCGAAGCUCGAACGGACGAUCCGGCAGCGACCACGGAAAGCCCAGAACCCGAAAAGAAGGUCGAGGAAGAGAAGGAAAAGAAGAAGCCAUCCCCACCCCCAGCAUACAUAUCCACCGACAAAUACUCCUCCGCUUCAUUAUCACCAAAGACACCUAGCACCUUUGAACCAUCACAACCCAUCUACCAGCAGCACCUGUUAGGUUUUCUCAAAACACCUCAAAGAAUAUACAACUUCCUCAACCGCCGUCAUCUAGCCGAUCAAAUUGGUCGCGACACAGCAGCAAUUGUGCUUGCAAACUACAGACCAUACCAUCAAGGCUCCAUGUUCCCGUCAACAGCUGCGUCUGAAGACCUAGAUGCUGUUCCCGUAGCGACAAAAGCGCCCGAAAUCGAUGCCUCAGCCUCAGCCUCAGCCUCGUUCAGUCAAGGAUGGGAGCAACUGUCAGUGCUCGAAGUCGAAGAACCAUACUGGCACAAGUCCAUCCAUAAACCUCGGAAAGAAGGUGACGAUUCGGAACAGAUAUGGCUCAAGGAUGCCGUAAUCGACCCUCGAAUUGGCGAGCGCAUGAGGAGGUUCGAGCUCACUGCAGAAGAGGAGGAGAGAGCGCGUCGGAUCGCCAGCGGAUCCGAAAAGACUCGUGCUAUACCCGUGCAGGACCUGAGAAGUGAGAAGGUCAAGCUCGGGAAUGCUGAUGAGGCAUAGGCAUGAGCAUGCCUUUGCGUCGACCUGUACCUGUAUAUUCUCUUUCAACGUCUCGUCUGCUAUGAUGUGCAGACAAAGAUACCCUGCUCGGCAUAGUCGAAUUGCUCUUAUGUACACUGUAGUAAAUGUGAAUCGAAACAUUCUUCAC